UGUUCAUUAUUACUCAGUAAAGACAAUAACAACCUCAAACAUUUGUCCUUUAUUUCUGUAAUGUAAAAUUUUCCCUCCAUUAAUGGGGGCAACGGCCAUAUCUUUGUCUGUAGCAUAGGGUCCCCUAAAAGACACAGAAUUUGGCAACAAUCACGAGCAAAGAAUACAGAAAAAGCCACUCUACUACACUUAUCUGUAAACAGUAUUUCUUCUUCUUCUUCAUGAGGCCAAAAUGUCACAUAAUUCAAUGGCUUCUCUAUCUUCUUCCACUCCUCCAGUAUUUUCAUAUGAUGAUGAUAAACUAGACCUCGAGUCGGUACGCCAAGUCGUUGUUGUUAUAAAUCAGCACAUAACUGCAUUGCUAGCAGAUACAAAAUCUUGGAAAUCCUUGAAAUUGAAAUGCAGUUCCAAGCUUGAUGUUUGUAGUAAUAGAGGGUAUCUCGAGUUUUCGGAGCAGUCGAUAUUGUCUAAUCUUUAUUGGGGGAUAGAGAGUAUAGAAGCAGCACUUCAAGCAAAAUGGAGUCAAGAGAGAACCUCAAGGCUGCAGAAUUCAGAGAAUAUGCUUCAAGUGCCAGCAUCACUUGAUGAACACGGAGAAACAGCAGGAAUUCCAAACAGUUAUUUGACAGGCUACUCUUACUUUUACCUCUCUGUUGUUAGAAAGCUCCAAGGGGAUGAGUGGCAGGUUGCUAUGCAUUUUCUUCAAGCUCUUGCUGUUUCUCCUAGGCUUCUUCACACUGAAAUUGCUACCGAACUCUGCAGACGGUUAUCUGUCUUAUGCUUUGAGCAGGAACCACAUUCCAAAGAUGAGAAUGAGGUCUAUGCUAUGAUGGUAAAGAUGGCCAGGAGAUAUAAAGCUUGGCUUAUGUAUUAUCAAAUUAUGUCCUCUGGAGAAGACGCCUCUCUGAGGAACGGUGAGUCCAGCAGCAUCGCUUCAACUCAACAUGAAUUACAACAGAUAAUGAGUAAAUCUUCAGAUUCAUGUAAGCAUGAAAACAAGCAGUGCAGCUCUUCAAAUUUUGAGAAGGUGCAUCCUUUUAAUGCCCAAAAUGAUGCUAAGAAUGAGGAAGAGAAGACAAUUAUCACAUCCAACGAGUGCACAAAGGAAAAACAGGUAGCUAUUACUGAACUAAGGAGUGGCGUAGCAGAAACACCCAAGAACUCAACCACCAAAUGCCUCAAAGAUAUAUUGCUUGAUUCAGAGUCAGAGACAUUUGAUUUCAGCGGCAGCAGUUCUGCAAGUGAAAUUUUUCAUGAGGAAUAUGCAGAAGACAUGGAAAUCACUUCAAAAUGGAGCCUAGAAAAUCAGCAAACAGAGGCUUUUUAUCAGAACCAAAAAUCUUCUCGUUCCUCACUGUUUUUGGAAAGCUUGGUUUGUAAAUCGCAAGUUUCAGGACUAAGACACAACGAAGGAAGCAGAGUAGAAAUCACUAACUCGCUCUCCAGAAGAUUCUCCAGUUCGUUUAGUCAUACUGAUUUGUCAGCAGAAGGAAUCAGAGGCCUCAAAACACACAUACAUUUGAGUGGUAACAAUGAAGCAGCAACAAUGCAACAGGGCUUACAGAUGAUUGAUAGUAGAUCUGAUGGAUAUCCGAUGUCCAUGACUUUACGUGAUUAUCAGCUCUGCAAAACACAGCACCCAAGGAUUUCUUCACGGCAAAAGAACAGGUGCAAGAAGACCUUAAAAGAAAUAUCUGAAUAUGCUGAAGAAAAUUCUCAAGCAGAACAAGCAGCACUACUUGAGAAAAUAAUUUCAAAGUUGUGUUUCUCAGAAGAGUUUGGGGAUUCUAAAGACUACACAGUUGACCUUACAACAAUAUAUGAACUACUGAACAACAAAACAGGACUCAAGUAUUCUUUGCUAAAAGACAUAAUUAUUGAUCAACUUUUGAGGGCUAUAUCAACAUCCAGAGAAGAACAUGUGAUACGAGAAUCAGUAUCAGUCCUAUCAAUUAUUAUUUCAAGGAACAGAUCACUUGUUGAUGACGUUAAGAGGAAAGGGUUACAAUUGAAUCAUUUGGCAACUGCUCUUAAGAAAAAUGUUCAUGAAGCGGCUAUACUAAUUUACUUAAUAAAUCCAUCUCCUGCAGAAAUCAAGACAUUAGAACUUUUACCAUGUCUUGUGGAUGUGGUGUGUGCUUCAAACAAUUACAAAUGUAGCCUAAGAACACUGCGGAUAACACCUCCAGCAGCGUCAUUGAUGAUUAUGGAAGCACUAGUCACGGCAUUUGACUAUACAUCGAGUGAAACACAAUUAGCUGUGAUCAGCUCACCGGAAGUACUCUCAGGGCUCUUGGAUGUCUCAAGAAACAACAACCUGGAAGAGAUUAUUGCUCUGGCAGCUGUUCUAAUCAGAUGUAUGCAAUUCGAUGGUCAAUGCAGAAAACAGAUAAACCAUUCUGCUCCACUGGCCCCAUUUAUCUCUCUUUUGAGAAGCAACCAUGAGCGUGCAACAUCAAUUGCAUUGGAGUUUUUUCAUGAACUGCUGAGAAUUCCAAGGUCAUCAGCCAUUGAGGUGCUGCAGAAAAUACAACAAGACGGAAGCAACAACAAUAUGAGUGCAUUAUUGCUUCUCAUCCAAAAGUCACAACCAGAGUACAAAAUUUUGGCAGCAAAUUUGUUGCUUCAGUUAGACAUGCUGGAAGAAACAUCAGGUAAAUUUGUAUAUUCUGAAGAGGCAAUGGAAGCUCUACUCGAGUCAGUGUCGUGUGAAGAGAAUUCUGCAACACAGGCUCUAUCAGCGUUCAUCCUAUCCAACCUUGGUGGAACCUUCUCUUGGUCAGGAGAACCCUACACAAUACCAUGGUUGCUUAAAAAGGCUGGUUUGACUUCAUUGCCACACAAGAACAUGAUAAAGAACGUUGACUUUUCUGAUAAAUGUCUACAGGACAUUGGCAUAGAGACAUGGUGUAGCAAAGUAGCGAGACGCUUCUUAAAGUUUGGAAGUCCUCUAUUCCAUGCUUUAGAGAAAGGACUUAAGAGCGAAUCCAGAAGUACCUCCCGAGAUUAUCUUGCUGCAACUGCAUGGCUGGGGUCUGAAAUCACGAAAGCCCCUGAUGAUUUGAGAUAUGCAGCCUGUGAGAUUUUACUUAGUAGAAUUGAGCAAUUUGUUCAUCCAGGACUGGAGCUUGAAGAAAGGCUAUUAGGAUGUCUUUGUAUCUAUUAUUAUACUUCCGGAAGAGGGAUGAAAAAGCUAGUCAACUUUUCAGAAGGAGUUAGAGAGUCACUAAGACGCCUUUCCAACAUGAGUUGGAUGGCAGAAGAAUUACUUAAGGUUGCUGACUAUAUCCAGCCAAACAAAUGGAGAAUAUCCUGUGUUCACACACAGAUUCUCGAAAUGAGUAGUAGCCAUAGUGGAGCAGUAACAUCGCUCACCUACUAUAAUGGAGAGCUUUACAGUGGACAUACAGAUGGUUCAAUCAAGGCAUGGGACAUCAAAGGACAAGAAGCAACACUUGUUAGGGACGUGAGGGAGCAUAAAAAGGCUGUGACAUGCUUUUCAAUUUCUGAAUCAGGGAAUUGCCUGUUGAGUGGUUCUGCUGACAAAACAAUAAAGAUCUGGCAAAUGUUUGAAAGAAAGCUUGAAUGUACAGAGACUAUACUGACGAAAGAUCCAAUUCAAAAUAUCAACACACAUGGAGAACUAAUUUUUGCAGUUACCCAGAGCCACAAAAUGAAGGUGUUUGAUGGAUCACGGAAGGCCAGUAAAUAUUUCAAGAAUAAAUCCAUAAGGUGUGGAACAUUGAUAAAUGGAAAGCUGUAUAUAGGCUGCACAGACUCAAGCAUACAGGAGUUAGCUAUUCCAAACAGCAGGCAGCAAGAGAUCAAAGCACCAUCAAAGAGUUGGAGUAUGAAAAACAAGGCUGUGAACUCAUUAGUUGUAUAUAAGGACUGGUUAUACAGUGCAAGUUCAACAAUUGAAGCUUCACAUAUAAAGGACUGGAGAAAAAACAAGAAACCACAAAUAUCAAUGUCGCCAGAAAAGGGAGGCAAUGUGUUGGCAAUGGAAGUAGUGGAGGACUUCAUAUAUUUAAUUUUCAGUGCGUCGAUGAGCAACAUCCAGAUUUGGCUGAGAGGAACACAGCACAAAGUUGGAAGAUUAUCAGCAGGAAGCAAGAUAACAAGUCUUCUAACGGCAAAUGACAUAAUUAUAUGUGGUACAGAGACAGGAAUGAUUAAGGGAUGGAUCCCCCUGUAGUGGUAUAUUACAGGUACAGAAUAAGUGUAGCAAAAACAUAGUUUCAAGUUAGUGACUUUCACCCUGUACAGAAGGAGGAAGCAGUCUGAUCCCAUAUGAUGUAGAGAGAACAACCAUACAAAUGAGUGCAGUGUAAUUAUAUCAUUCUACUUCAAAUAAUUCUACAUGCUAAAUCAAUCUCAGAUGAAUGCUUUGCCUGUUUUGCUU